UUGAUUUUUAUCUAUAAAUUGGAACUUGCAAGAUUACUCCAUUUCUUCAGAGAAGGUUGAUGGUUUGCUAGAUGUUUAAGGGAACAGAUUUCUUGGGUUGUAUUUGAAGGAUCACUCAACCAUAAAGAAAUGAGUUAAAAGAUUUGGUUUAGCGUAUGGGUUUUACCUCGUACUUUACUCCUAUUAUCCUUUUCCAUGAAAAAGGCCCUUCUUGUGGAAGGGCUGGAAUUGAAGCAGCAGUUUUAACCGAGAAAACAGAUGGAAUUAAUGCAUGAAGAGGCGAACAUCGACGGGUCUUGGUCCUAAUACAUAUUUUCAAUGCUAAGGAAACAUAUCCUUGUUUGAUUCAAUAUUUGUUGGAGUCGUCUAGAAUUUCCAAAACUCACUGCCUUUGGCGUCUCCAGUCUUCAUGUCAGAAAAGAGAAUGCAACCCUCAAGACUUCUUUUCUGCCUGAUAACCAUCUCCCUGUUUCUUCUGAUGCUUUCCUUUGUCUUCCUGCUUCAAUCCAAUAGUAGUUCAUUAAUAUCAGAAUCAGUUUUCAAGCUAAUCCUUCUUAAUAACACAUCAGUGGUCUUCAACCCCAAUAGUGACAGUGACAGUGGUGAUAAACUUUCUAAUUCUCCUCCGUUGCCUUCCCCAAUCAUCAGCAACAAACCCAACUCAAGUGACCUAAAAAAUGGUUGCCAAGGUCCAUACUCAAACAAGGAAACAGGGGAUUUAGGACAGGGGACUAACAAGGUUUGUGAUGCAACUCAGGCCCUCCUCAGGGUAUUUAUGUAUGACCUGCAUCCUGAAUUUCACUUCGGUUUAUUGGGGUGGAAAGGGAAAGUUGGCCAAAUAUGGCCUGAUGUAAGUGAUCUUAAUCACAUCCCAUCAUACCCUGGUGGGUUGAAUUUACAACACAGCAUAGAGUAUUGGCUCACACUAGAUCUCCUCUCAUCAAACAUCCCAAGUGUAAUCAGGCCCUGCAGUGUAGUUAGGGUGGUGAAUUCAAGUCAGGCAGAUAUAAUUUUUGUGCCAUUCUUCUCAUCUUUGAGCUACAAUAAAAAUUCCAAGCUACAUGGAAGCGAGAAAGCUAGUAGUAUGAACAGGAUGUUGCAGGAUAAAUUGGUGCAGUUCUUGAUGAGUCAGGAUGAAUGGAAGAGAUCGGGUGGGAAGGAUCAUCUCAUUGUAGCUCACCAUCCAAACAGCAUGCAGGCUGCACGGAGGAAGCUGCGUUCUGCCAUGUUUGUUCUUGCUGAUUUUGGAAGAUACUCGGUUGAGAUUGCAAACAUAGAGAAGGACAUAAUUGCUCCUUACAAGCAUGUUGUGAGGACCAUUUAUGGUGAAUCUGUCCCAUUUAAGAAACGACCAGUCUUGGCGUAUUUCCAGGGAGCAAUUUAUAGGAAAGAUGGUGGGGUCAUUCGUCAAGAACUCCAUCAUCUUCUUAAAGAUGAGAAGGAUGUACACUUUACAUUCGGAAGUGUGCAUAAUCAUGGGAUUAGUAAAGCUGGCCAAGGAAUGACUUCAUCUAAAUUCUGUCUGAAUAUCGCUGGAGAUACUCCCUCCUCAAACCGCCUCUUUGAUGCUAUUGUGAGCCACUGUGUACCUGUGAUCAUUAGCGAUAAGAUUGAACUCCCAUUCGAGGAUGUCUUGGACUAUACAGAAUUUUGUAUCUUUGUACGUGCAUCUGAUGCAGUAAAGAAGGGAUUCCUGCUGAAUCUACUCAGGGGGAUUAAGCAAGACAGUUGGACAACGAUGUGGGAAAAACUGAAGGCAGUUGCACAUCAUUUUGAGUAUCAAUAUCCAUCCCAACCAGGUGAUGCUGUGGAGAUGAUUUGGGAGGCUGUCUCCCAUAAGAGAGCUUCCAUUCAAUUUAGAGUUAACAGGAACAACAGAUUGAGCCAAUCUCAGCUGAUCGUGAGGAAUAAAUUGGUUAACAUGCUCAUGUAUUACUUUUCAACUUCCUUCUUACUGACAUAGAAUUUCUUAUAUGGAAAUCUAUUUGGGUACUGGGUUCUUGAUGGAGGUACAAGUACACUACACUCCUUUGAAAAAAAAAAUUCAUAAGAGCUUUUUCUGUUUGUCAUUAGUCGAUACACACUUAUAAAAUAUAUCUCAGAAGCAUCAGAAACAAUUCUCUGUCUGGGAUUAUUGUCUCAUCAAUUCUGUCCAAAGGUUUUUCAGACAAUUUCCUGUGCAUCUUUGCUAGUGUGGACUUGAAUCAGAUAAUUAACAGGAAAUAUAUUGACAGCCAGGACAGAAAGAUGAUAACUAAAUUUGUAGAAACCAGAUUUGUGCUUUUGAUAUCAGUCUUUGUUGCAUAGCAGAUACUCAUACAAAACCAAUAGCGUAAACGGAAGUGGAAAAAAAUGAAAACAAGAAAGUAUCCGUUCCUAGCAAUGAAAAGACAUAACCGUAGGCUCCGUAAAUUAUUUUAUGGAAGAGAUAUUUGUAAAAGUUGGAAAAAAUGCCAAAGAAUUUCACUAUAGUUUGCAGAUGGAUAUAAAUCUUUUUCUC